AUGUCUGCUGAGGCUUCCACCAACGGAGACGCCCAGACCCCGGCCCAGAAGCUGGAGGCCCGUCUGGCCCAGGAGGAGUCGCACCGCCCGACCGUUGAGGACGUCCCCGACGAGGACGACCUCGCUCAUCCUGCCCCCGCCCAAGCCCCGUCCGAGAAGGCUGCUGGCAAGCAGAAGGCCCAGGAUGUCGACACUCCCAAGAAGUCGCCCGCCAACCCGCCGCUGAACAUUGCCUCUGAGGAGAUGUUCCCUGGCCUGGGCGCUCCCAAGGCCCACGCUCCUGCUGCUGUGUCCUCUGCUUGGGGCCGCAAGCCCGCCUCGGUCAGCGCCAACGGCAUCAACGGUGCUGCUGCCAGCAACGGUACCUCGCGCGCCUCGACCCCCGCCUCUGGCAUUGCCACUCCCUCUACGCCUUCGGUUCGCGGUCCUGGUCCGCAGACCAUGAACUUGCCUGGCCGUUACGUCGAGUCCAUCUCGCUCGCGCCCUCUCAGAUGAUCCCGCGCCAGCUGCAGAAGAAGCCCAUGGCCAACGUCAUCCGCGACAUCAACAGGAGGUCCAAGGCCAAGGUCGAGAUCAAGCCCGGUAACAUGGGCAACAUCGUCUUCCAGGGCACUGGUCCCGUCGACGCCGUGCGCUCCGCUCUGAGGGAAGUUGCCAAGGAGCUUGGUUCCAAGCAAACCACGAAUGUCACCAUCCCCGCCUCAAUCCGUGCCCACGUCAUUGGCCGCCAGGGUGCCACUAUCCAGGGUAUCAGCAAGCGCACCGGCGCCCGCAUACAGGUUCCCAAGCAGGAGGAGACUGGCACCUUCGAGGAGGACGACAGCGCCACCAUUGACGUUGUCAUUGAGGGUGAUACCGUCGCUGCGGCUCUGGCCAAGCAGGAGAUUGAGCGCAUCGUCGACGAGCGCACCUCUACCGUCAACCUGCGCCUCAAGGAUAUUCCCGCCGAGUACUACCCCUUCUUGGCCGGUCCGCACAAUUCGCGCAUCGACUCAUUCGAGGGCGGCCGUGAUGUCCGCGUCCAGAUCCCGCACUACUUCACCUGGGCCGAGAGGGCUCCCCCGCAGCCCACCCCCGCCGGCCAGCCCGUGCCUUUCGCUCCCCAGGCUGCUUUCCCCAUCUCCAUCUCCGGUGACCGCGCCGCUGCCCAGGAAGCUCGCUCUGAAAUCGAGCGCCAGGUCGAGGAACUCCGCCGCCAGCUCGCCGUCAACCAGAUGCCCAUUGAGCGUGGCAGGCAUCAGUUCAUCAUCGGCGAGCGCGGUGGUUCUCUGCACGACUUCCUUGCCGAGACGGGCUGCGCCGUCAUCCUGCCCCCCAGCCAUGACGAUACCGAAAUGCUCACCAUUGUCGGACCUGCUGAUAAGCUUGACAGCGGCAUCAACAAGGUCAUGGACCUCGCGACCUCGAUGCAGAGCACCAACGUCGAUAUUGCCAGGCAGCACGCCAAUUCGCAGGCCCACGCUCGCGCUCUUACCCGCUACCUGAGGCAGCGCCAGGCUGUUGCUGAGCUUGAGCGCAUGCACGACGCCAGCAUUGUACUUCCCACCUCGCAGGACGGUUCCACCGCCUGGGAGAUCUACUCGCGGGAUGCCAAGAACGGCAUGAAGGCCCGUAUGGACAUCAUGAACCUGAUCAGCAGCCAUCCGCCGAGCAGGUUCAGCAACGUGGAUGUCGACCCCUUCUACCACCAGCACCUGCGCCAGCGCGCUGCUCAGAGCCUGAGGAAGGACCAGGGCGUGCACCUGCUUUUCCCCGAGGAUGACGCAGAGUCGCCUCAGCUCGUCCUCGUGUACGAGGGUCCCAGCUCGCCAUCCGAGUACCAGUUGCCCCGUGGCCAGCCCUCGGCGCAGGACGUCCAGGCCUUCCAGCGUGCCCUGCAGGAGGCUCAGAAGCAGCUCCUUUCCCAGAUCAACACUGACGAGCAGAUCAUUGGCCGUGAUGUCGAGGCUCCGCAAAAGUUCCACGACAAGAUCCGCCGUUACGUUGAUCGCGAGCAGCAGGGCCUUCCCCAGGACCAGAUUCCCCUGCAAGUGCUCUUUGGUAACGCCAGGCCCCAAGCUUCUCGCGCCAACAAGGACAACGUGUACAUCCGUGGACCCAACAAGGACGUCGAUGAGCUUGCCCAGAAGAUCUUGGAGUUCAUUGAGCAGGAGAAGAAGGAUGAGCUCGAGCGUGGCUACACCAUCAGCUUCGACUACCCUCAGAAGUUCGCCAACAUCCUCAUCGGCAAGCGGGGCGAGAACAUCAAGAAGCUUCGCGAUGAGUUCGACGUGGACAUUCAGGUGCAGGAUGGCAAGGUUGAGAUCAAGGGUCCCCAGGCCAAGGCUCACGCGGCCAAGGCCCACAUCAUCGCCCUGGGCAAGAAGCUUGAAGACGAGGCUACUUUCGUCUUGAAGAUCAAGCCCCAGUUCCACCGUGAUCUCAUCGGUGGCAAGGGCAACCAGGUCAACCGUCUCCAGGACCGCUACAACGUUCGCAUCAACUUCCCCCGCUCUGCUGCCGCCAACGACGAUGCGGACGCUGGUACCGAGGCCUCGCACCACAACCGUCGUCAGGCUGCCGACGAGGUCAUCAUCAGGGGCCCCAAGAGGGGUGCUGAUGCCGCCCGUGACGAGCUGCUCGAGCUGUACCAGUGGACCAUUGACAACUCGCACACGGCUACCGUCUCGGUCGCCCAGAGCCAGAUCCCGUCCCUCAUCGGUGCCGGUGGCCGUGAAAUGGAUGCUCUGCGCGCUACUACUGGUGCACAGAUUGAUGUUCCCAACGCUCGUGAAGUUGCCGAUGCCUCGGGCCGUGCGGACAUCAAGAUCAAGGGCACCAAGAAGCAGGUCGAGGAUGCCAAGAAGCUCCUCGAGCAAAAGGCCAAGGCUUUCGACGAGACCGUGGUCCGCACAAUCGAAGUCGACAAGAAGUUCCACAAGGCCUUGAUUGGUGCAGGUGGUGCAAACAUCCGCGACAUUGUCAUCAACGCUGGUGGCCCCGAUGACCGCCGCGAGCUGGCCCGCAUGGUUCGCUUCCCUCGUGCCGAGUCGGAGGAGAACACGAUUCGCGUCGAGGGCAACGCUGCUGUCGUCGACAAGAUUGUCGCCUCGAUCGAGAAUCUCGUGAGCACGCGCGAGAGCCAGGUCACCGAGUUCCUCGAGGUCGCCCCCGAGAAGCACCGUAUUCUCAUCGGUCGUGGCGGCGAGACGCGUCGCAACUUGGAAUCGCAAUUCAAGGUUACGGUGGAUGUACCCAAGCAGACUGCCACUGGUGCUGCCCGCAGCCAGGUCAAGAUUGUCGGUCAGCCUCAGGAUGUCGAGAAGGCCAAGGAACACAUUGCCGGCAUGAUCAAGGAGCAGGAGGGCGAGACGGUGCAGGUCCCCAGGCGCCUUCACCAUGCGGUUGCCGACAAUGGACAGUUCUUCCGCCGUCUUCGCAACGAUCUCCGCGUCACGGUCGACCAUGGCGGGCAGCAGCCCCCGCCCAAGCCAACCACUGCCGGGGCCAGUAACGUCCGCGCCAACGCCGGUGGCAAUGCUCCUUUGAUCACUGACGACCCCUCGGCCAGCCAGGACGCGCACGCUUGGGAGAUUGUGGACAACAUGUCUAGCUCUGAUGACAGCGAGGAUGGCAACAUCCCGUGGAUCCUCCGCUCGAACAACGCGGAAAGUGUUGCCAAGGCGAAGGCUAUGCUGGAGAAGGCCAUAGAGGAGAAGAGCAAGCCAUCAUGCACGGGCUACCUGAUCCUGCCCGACCCGAGAAGUUACAGGUUCGUUGUCGGCCCCGGUGGCAGCCAAAUCAACAGCAUCCGCAAGAGGACUGGCACCAAGGUGCAGGUUCCGCGCGGCGGUGAUGGUAACGAGGCCAUUGAGAUUGUCGGCUCUCGUGAAGGAGUCGAGCAGGCCAGAGACAUCAUCUUGGAGCUUGUCAAGGGCAAGAACUAA